AUGGAAUUCGCAGCUUGUCUCUUCUCUGUUUCUCAGACAUGGUUCUUGAAGGUUUCCAUACACUGUGAAGGUUGCAGAAGGAAAGUAAAGAAAGUUCUACGCAACAUUGAUGGUGUUUUCACUACAACAAUUGAUCCCCAACAGCAGAAGGUUACAGUGACGGGAAGUGUUGGUGUUGAGACUCUCAUAAGGAAACUGAUCAAAGCUGGGAAGCACGCUGAGAUUUGGCCGGAAAAUGGCGCCGGAAAGGACGGGAAACCGAAGAAGAGGAACGAACAACAAAGAGAAGCAGAAGGCGUGGAGAACCACCAUCGUUCCCCUGCAAAUGCUGAAUCAAACUCUGUCUCUGCCAAAAACAGGGGAAUUGAAAAUGCAGACAACUCAAGCAACAACAACAAGAAGACCAGCGAGUCCAAAACCGGCGGCAAAAAGUCGCCGGAGAAGUCUUCGGGAGGUGGUGCCUCACCACCAGAGCAAGAGAAGAAGGGUAAGAAGGGUGGUGGUGUUGAAGGUGAAGGUGAAGGUGAAGGUGAAGGGGAUUCAGUGAAGAAGAAUAAGAAGAAGAAAAAGAAGGUUCAGAGUAGUGGAAUUGAAAAGAAUGGGUCGAGUUCAGCAUCAUCAAGCGGUGCAGGUGCACACAGUGGAUCAGGAGAGGGAAUGGGGCAGAUGAAUCUGAGCCCUACACGUCAGCAAGAAUGGGCAUAUGCGUAUCCAGAAUCAGAAUCUUACUACUACCCAGGAGCAGGACCUUUGGUGUACCUAGCAACAUAUAACAGAUUUUGUCCCAUGGCCAUGCAUGGCAAAAUGGGUGGUGGUCCUUCUUACUAUGUUUCACCAUUGCCCUACAUCUCUGCAGGUCUUGACCAUGACCCUUACCACUUUCAAUCUCCACCGUUGGUUCCCUUUGAGAUCUUCAGUGAUGACAAUGCUAAUGCCUGUUCUCUUAUGUGAACUUGAUUGCACCUUCUGUUUUGUUAUAGUCUUACAUAGUUUAGUCUAGUUUAGUUUUGGUAUGGUGAUAUCAUAUAUGGUUUAUUUUGUAUUAGAGCUCAUAGCUUUUUAGCUUCCUUUGAUUUGAUUUUGGACCAACGUGUAUAAAUGAUGUUCUAAUAUGGAACCUUUAAUGUUUUGUUUUGGAUGGAAAAUGGAGGGCAUGUGUAUAUAUAUAUAUAAUCAUCCUAUUUUGGCCUUAUCCA